AUGUUUGUCGAAAUAUUAAUUUUCAUUUUAACAUUUUUAUUAUCAUACUACAUAUACGUUUGGCAGAAGAUACAUAAGUUUUUCGAGAGUAAUUGCGUUAAAUACGUGAAAGGCGUGCCUGUGUUUGGCAAUGUCAUGAAGAGUACGCUGAUGAGGAGGCAUUUGGCAGAAGAUGCUGAGGAAGUCUACAUGGCGUAUCCUGACGAAAGAUAUGUCGGUUUCAUCGAAUUCAUGAGACCAACAAUUAUGGUCCGAGACCCUGAACUAAUAAAGCAGAUCACGGUCAAGGAUUUUGACCAUUUCGUGGACCAUAAAGACUUCUUUUCUGAUUUCGCGCCUUUGAUGAAAGCAAGCAUUCUUUCUAUGACCGGCGACAAAUGGCGUGACAUGAGAAUGACUUUAAGUCCAGCAUUCACAGGGUCCAAAAUGAGGCAAAUGAUGCCUUUCAUGAUGGAGACCAGCGAUAAUAUUGUGGAAUAUUUGAAAGAACAUGUCAAUGAAGAUAUAAAUGUCGGAGAUCUCAUCAGAAGGUACACAAAUGACGUCAUCGCAUCAGCAGUUUUUGGUCUCAAAAUUAAUUCGUUGAAGGACAAAGACAAUCGAUUUUAUACUACUGCACAACGACUAUUCAAUUUUACAGCAAAACAGAAAAUGUCUAUGGUGCUAGCAAUCCUAUUUCCAAGUCUAUCCAAGAAAUUUGGAUUGCAAAUAUUCCCAGAGGAUGUCGUGGACUUUUUCAGGACAAUAGUUUCUGACACUAUUUCGUACAGAGAAAGUAACAAUGUUGAUAGACCAGACAUGAUUCAGCUGUUGAUGGAGGCGUCUAAAGGUAAACUAAAACAAGACAAUAAACAAGAGUUUCAAGAUGUCGGCUUCGCUACAGUUAAUGAAGAACUUAAGUCUCAAGAUGUUCUAAGAAAAUGGUCGUUAGACGAGUUAGCUGGUCAAGUCUUCAUCUUCUUCAUCGCUGGCUUCGAAACCUCUGCUGGUGCCUUGGUCAUGUGCAUCCACGAACUGGCCCUUAACCAAGGUGUACAGGAGAAACUUUUUAGAGAAGUGAGAGAAUUUACAGAUGGAAAUCAAAAAGUUGAUUACGAGAAUAUCGCCAAUUUGAAAUAUUUGGACUGCGUGCUCAAUGAAACAUUGAGAAAAUGGUCUCCUGCUAGUAUAAUGGACAGGAUUUGUACAAAACCCUACCAAUUUCCUCCACCAUCUCCUAAUGGUAAACCAUAUCAGGUAAAUCCAGGUGACUUGGUUUACUACUCUGUGAGCCCUGUGCAUUUGGACCCCAAGUAUUGGCCAGAGCCCAGGGUCUUCAGACCUGAAAGAUUUUCCGAUGAAAAUAAACACAACAUUCGGCCAUUCACGUUUAUGCCUUUUGGCGUCGGACCAAGGAAUUGUAUUGGUUCAAGAUUUGCACUCAUGGAGCUGAAGAUCCUUCUCUUCAAACUGAUCCUCAACUUUAAAAUCCUCAAGUGUGAGAAGACUAGUGACCCAUUAGAAUUAAAACCUGAAUUGUUCAACAUCGUAGCAGCCGGAGGUACCUGGAUCAGGAUGUGUCCUAGGACAUAGGCUUUGCAUACAUUCAUAUAAUCACGUCUUUUUCUCUUACGGGGUAGACACAGCCAACAGUCUUGAAAAACCUGUAAGGCCACUUUAAGUAUAUGUAUGUGUGGCAUUUGUGUUAAUUAUCCUUUCCUACUAAUAUUAUAAAUGCGAAAGUUUGUGAGUAUGUCAGGAUGUCAGUAUGGAUGUUUGUUACUCUUUCACGCAAAAACUACUGAUUUUUAAUUUUCUUUCUAAAUCUUUCUUUUUUUCAAAAAUUCACAAAAAAGUAGACUGUACUGUAUGUAUAUGUACUAUAUACAUUUCAUUAACAUAACAUUAAGCCAAACAGCUGAACGUGGCCUAUCAGUCUUUUCAAGACUGUUGGCUCUGUCUACCCCGUAAGGGAUAAAGACGUGAUCAUAUGUAUGUAUGUAUGUAUUAACAUAACUGUGUUUUAUGAUAAAC